AUGUCUACCCCUGCAUACUACCUAAAAGGGCAUGACAGAUAUUGCCAAAUGAGACCUCUCAUUUGGGAUCCAUGGUUCAAUCCAAAAGAAGAGACUUCAAGGGCUGUAGCUUGGAUAAGUUUCCCUGAACUGCCUCCAAAUUUCUUUGCUAAAGAGGCAGUGUUUUCCAUGGCAACUUCAGUUGGAAAACCUUUAACUGUUGAUCUGGCCACAGCAAACAAAACAAGACCAAGCUGCGCAAAAGUCAAAGUUGAGGUUGAUUUAUUAGCAACACUUCCAAAGAGGAUAAACAUUGCUGAAGAGGAUGAAUCAGGAAUAAUAAAAUCAAAAUGGGUAAGGAUUAAUUAUGAUUACUUACCAAAAUAUUGCAAACACUGUAAACUCCAAGGUCAUGAGGAGAUGGAAUGUAGAGUGCUUAAUCCUGAACUGGCGAAGCAAUACAGAGAAGAAUUAAGAAAAGAAAAUGCAGAAGUUGUUUCUACAGAAACACAAAAUAAAGAAGGCUUUCAAGGGAGAAGGGGAUGGUACAAUCUUUGGACAUUGUCAAUCGAAGCAGAUUGCCAAGAAGAUACUAGAACAUGGAUUGAGAAGAGUUUCUAUAUCCACAAAAGCCCUGCAAAGGAAGCAGCCAACAAGCCACAUGAAACAAAACAACCAAAAGGGGACAACAUGGUAGAUAGAGAUGGAAAACAUAAUAAGAACAUGGAGAAACCAAGGGAACAACAGAUAGUAAAUGAUGAUGCUGAGGGUAUUUUACUUGAUGAGUCCCAAAUGCAAACACCAGGCAAAAAUAUUCAAACAAAACAUGCAACAACAAGUCAUCAAGGGGAGGAAGAUGAGCAUAAUAAUAAGAGUACACAUCAAUCCAGUGUGAACGGCAGCAAGACAACAACCACAAGCAAAGGGGAGAAAUUACUAUCUGAUGCACAGGUUAAUGUGGAGAAAUUUCAAACUCCAUAUCUAAAUCAGAUAUUGCAGGGAAAGGAGAGUGAUAGUCAAAGCAAAACAGUGGCACAACAGGAGAAUCAUAGCAGAUGGGAUUUGAAGAGCCAUGAGGAAUAUGAACAAAUAGGGGAUAGUAGUACUAACAAUAUGGAAAAUGAGGCAAGCAAUCAGGAGAAUGUAGCAGGGAAACAAAAGGAUAAGGAAAUACAUGAUCUUAACAUGGUGCAGCCUGAAGAAGACAAAUCAGAAGUAUUAGGGCAGAUAACAGUGUGGGAGGAGAUUCCAAAAUAA